CUAGCGGUAGACUCUUCCAUUUGUCGACCAUUUGUAAACAUGGCUCCGACCACGGCGAAAAAGACUAAAGGACCGGCCAUGAAAAAACAAGCCCUACGGGGUAAAGGCCAAAAGAAAAAGGUGUCCCUCAAGUUCACCAUUGACUGUACACAUCCUGCAGAGGACAAUAUUAUGGACGUAGCCAAUUUUGAAAAAUACCUGCACGAAAGAAUUAAGGUUUCAGGUAAAACGAACAAUUUUGGCAACAGCGUCGCGUUGGAACGCGAUAAGAUGAAAUUGUCAGUUAAUAGUGAUAUUGACUUUUCUAAACGGUACCUUAAAUAUUUGACAAAGAAGUAUUUGAAAAAAAAUAAACUGCGUGACUGGUUGCGUGUAGUUUCAAAAGACAAAGACACCUACGAAUUAAGGUACUUCCAGAUCAACAGUCAAGAGGAUGAUGAUGAAGAAGAUGUUGAAUGAACUUUUACUUCUUAACACAAUUACAGAAACAUCUGUACAUAUUUCUAUUAAUAAAUAAUGAAAAUAAUUUGUUA